GUUGUGGUAUGUGUAUUACUACAAGGACUUUGCUGUAGAAUGUGUAUUACUAAAAUGGCUAUGUUGUGGUAUUACUACAAUGGUUAUGCUGUAGAAUGUGUAUUACUACAAUGACUAUGCUGGUGUGUAUAUUACAACAAUGACUAUGUUGGCGAAUGUGUAUUACAACAAUGACUAUGCUGUGGUAUGUGUAUUACUACAAGGACUUUGCUGUAGAAUGUGUAUUACUACAAUGGCUAUGUUGUGGUAUGUGUAUUACUACAGUGGCUAUGUUGCGGUAUGUGUAUUACUACAAUGACUAUACUGGUAUGUAUAUUACAACAAUGACUAUGUUGGCGAAUGUGUAUUACUACAAUGACUAUGCUGUGGUAUGUGUUUUACUACAAUGGCUAUGCUGUGGUAUGUGUAUUACUACAAUGACUAUGCUGAGGUAUGUGUAUUACUACAAGGACUUUGCUGUAUAAUGUGUAUUACUACAAUGGCUAUGUUGUGGUAUGUGUAUUACUACAGUGGCUAUGUUGUGGUAUGUGCAUUAUGAUUGUGACAAUGCUGCAUUCAGUAUUCUACAAUAAAUAUGCAUUACUAUGAAGACUAUCUUGGUGCUUUUGUGUAUAACUGUAAUGACAAUGCUGCUAUUCUUGUAUCACAACAACAACCCUGCAGUUUGUUAGUAUUAAAUUAAAAUGACGAUUCUGCUGCAGUAUAUCAUGUGUAACAACAUCAGGGGACUUGCUGAAUAUAACUUUAAAUAUCAAAUGCAAAGAUAGUUAUCAUUUCUAGGAAAAUAUUUAAUCAAUUCGUCAAAUAUUUUAAAUUAUUCUUUGAUAUUUAUAAAAUCCCAACUAGAAUAAAUGUGACCAAUUUAAAGGAGAGCUUUGCCCAAAUAUAUUUUAUGAUGUUAUACCCUAUACACGCUACUUGGUUGUGUUUCGGGUCUUCGAUAGUGAUUAUAUAAAAAGUUGUAAUGUCCAACUUUGAUUCAAAAUGUUCACUCAGACAGCUUCCCUCAGGGUUGCAGGAAUGGG